AUGUACAUACAGAAGCUGUGCCAAUAUAUACAAUAUAGUCAAAAUUCAGAAUUUGUUCAAUUACCACCAAUCACUGAGUUCCAAAAACCAACGAUUUCACAAGAACAAAAUCCAGGAAAAUCAAUCAAAACAGUACUCGAACAACCAGCAAUGCCAAUUGAAGAAUCGAAUAAUCAACAACAAAUGUCAAUUACAUCAAAUGAAUUGACAUAUAACCAACUUAUUAAAUUGUCUCAAGCUCAUAUGUGCAUGACAUACGAUUUACGUACAAAUCAUGAGGCAUUAGAUCAUCAAGAAAAUCUAGAACUAGAUCGUACCAGUUCGUUGGACACUGAUAAUCAAAACAUCGAUCUUCUUGACGGUGGCGAAACAACACCGCAAGAAGCUAUUCUUCAUCAAAAAGAAAACAGUAUUUCUAAUGACAACAAUACUUUAAUUGAUUUACAUUUAAAAUUUUUCAAAGACUAUCUACAGGAUAAUAGUAUCAAUAAUGACUCCCGCUGUCCAACAGCACAUAAAAAUACAGAAAACUUCUGA